AUGACCGGCCAAGCAAUCGACCCUCCCCCCAGCCUCCCUGUGCCAAAUCAACAAGUGCAUGCACCGGGCGUCUACUUGCUACACCCUCUGUCACGCCUCGGCACGGGUCCUGGUAUGAUCAUACUGACUUCUGGGAGAGACCUCGGAGGUUUGCGUCUAGACGAUGGAGUUCCCUCACCGUUCCUCAAAUGGGCUGAAGAAGGCUACGCGGUGGCGGCAGUAUGCUUAGCUGCCUUGGAGGAUGAACAAGAUGGCAUAUCCUCUGCCCUCGAAGCGUUGUCCAGUUGCGACAACUGCCAGCCCAAGGGGAAAGUUGGACUUAUCGCAUACGACCCCGACGCAUGGCUGAAGGUCGCUGCAUCAGCGCACGCUCACCAGGAGGUUGUCGGAGUGGUGGUAUAUGGGAAUGUGGAUUCGCCGAUCCCCAAACCAGUCUUCCCAAUGCUUCAGCACUUGGCUGGAGCAUCUGCGACAGCAAAAAUGGUAUCCAACACCGAGAACUGCCAGGCGUAUGGAUACGCAGCUGUCAGUACAUAUCAGUUUGCCACCCCUUUUCAGCCGGCGUUCGAUUACACCGCCGAGUCUGUAUCACACACACGAAACCUAAGCUUCCUGAAACCUCUAAUGGGGGGCCCAUACUUCGAUUUGGAGGCCAUCUGGGAAGAACAUACGUAUCAUGAGUUUGAGACGCGCUCUGUACCUCAUACGAUGGCAACCAUGGUGCAAGAGCCGUAUGUGAAUCAUAUUCCCACGAACCACUUUGUUUUCAAUAACCCCGAAGACGCGGAACUUGAGCUUAUCAGUCGGACGGUGGGUAUUGAUCGUGUCAUUGAUGAAUUUAUAUACAAGUUCACGCACGACACCCAGAUUGACUGGCUGCUUCCUGGUAUCCCACCCACUGGUCGCAAACUAGAAAUAUCUUUUACCGCAGUUGUCAACAUAAGGGGUGACCGGCUGUACCACGAGCACAUUGCGUGGGAUCAACUCACUGCUCUGAUUCAGUUAGGGCUCAUGCCAGAAUAUCUUCCUUGGACACACCCCGCGCCUACGGGUGUGCAUAUGGGCACCAAGACGAAACUUGAGUAUAGAGUACCAGGAGCUGGGCGCGACACAGCGAAGAAGAUGAGGGAUAGGAAUUCUGUGGAAUCAAAUAGAAUGUUUGAGCACUCGGUUCGGGAAGUGGACUCGGUUCAACCGACGGUGUCCCCCAAACUUGCUUAA